AUGGGUACGAUCACUAAGAAGCAGUGUUGCUGGAGCGGAGCUCUCCGUCUGGGCUUCACGGCUAAAGACCCGUCCCGUAUCAACCCAGACAGCCUGCCCAAGUAUGCCUGUCCUGACCUGGUCUCCCAGAGUGGCUUCUGGGCCAAGGCWUUACCUGAGGAGUUCGCCAACGAAGGGAACGUCAUCGCCUUCUGGGUGGACAAGAAGGGCCGGGUCUUCUAUAGAAUCAAUGAGUCCAACCCGAUGUUGUUCUUCAGUGGGGUGAGAACAGGAGAACCGCUGUGGGGACUGAUAGAUGUCUAUGGGUUGACCCGUGGAGUGCAACUGCUAGGUUCCACACAUCUCGGGGACCAGCCUGCGCGGGCUCCCUCUAUCCCCAGCUCUCCCUCCUCCUCCCCCCACACCCCCAGCGCCCUAGCCCUGGCCCUGGGUAGUGGAAGCUCCGACCCUGUCCUUAACGGAGGCCUGGGAGGCCCCUGCUCCGGUGCCUACUGUGGUGGCUCUGUGGGAGGAACGACCCCCAGCUCGCCCGUCAGCCUCCCCAAGUCGCCCACCUUCCCAUCAGGCAGCGGGAGAGGGCCCGGGUGGCCGACAGGCGAUGAGUGUUCCAUCUGCUACGAGAACCACGUGGACACGGUCAUCUACGCCUGCGGUCACAUGUGUCUCUGCUACACCUGCGGCGUCAAACUCAAGAAAAUGUCCAACGCCUGCUGCCCCAUCUGCAGGAGACAAAUCAAAGACAUCAUUAAGACCUACCGUAGCACGUAGGGGGCCUUUGAAGCCAAGGGCCUCGAAACUGAGGGCCACAGGCAUAAGUUAAUGGGGAGAGGAGGAUGACGUUGGGGAAAGACUUUGAUAAACUUUUAAGAUCAGGGAAAUGGACAAUGGACAGUUCACUCUGGUAUUUUUGUGUGAUGGAUAUUGAGGAAGAAUCUUGGUUUUUGUUUCAAAUACCCAUUUUUUGUUGGCUGGUACAGUUAGUAGACCUGCACUGCAAAGGUCUCUUACAUUUCCACUUUCCCUCUCUGACGCAGUGUGUGACGGCUUUGCAACCGCGUCGAGAACUUCCUCUCUCAACUAGAAGUUUUCAUUCUUCUUGCUCUCCAAGGAUUCAGGAAGUUUCAGACUUUGAGGAAAGAGAAGACGUGAAAAUACUUUUUAUUUGGUUGUUUAAGCCAAUUCCAGACGACUGCCGCUCGUUUGCUCGUUUGCAUGGAAGCAAACCAGGUGGUUUCAAUUCAACGUUUUUGGUCUUGAGAUGAUCUAUUUAUGUUGAAGAGGAGAAGGACUGUUAAGUUCCAACAUUUGCUUCUUAACUUGACUCGACUUUGUCUGUAAAAAAACAGGCAAAAUGUCUACCCUUUUCCACAGAUAGUUUUUUAUUAACAUAACGUCUCAGUAUGGCACAACUUCUGUCUGUGUGUUACUUAGGCAAACUGCAGAGGAAAAGAGAGGACUUAUUUGUUGCUCAAGGGUUGUGACCGGAAAGGGAUGCAUUUCUGUAGUAGUCAUAGGAUUCAUCAAUAGGAAGAUGACUACAGUUGUAUAAGGUUGUGAAGUAUAGGGACGUAAGUAUAUGACGUGUGAAGGAGUGCUGUAUCACCUCUUGCUCCCAUACAGUAAGUCAUAUAUUCUCAACCAAAUGUAUUUGUGUGGUAGUUCUAUAGCACAUUCAUUGGUCGUAGCUGUCCUGUUGUGCUAGCUAGCUAUCUGCUUGCUCUGCAGUGUUGUAUGUUGCACUGGAGUCAGUACUGCGCUCUCGGAAAUGCCCCAUCAAGAAAGGAGAGGAUACAUAUUAUUUUACACAAUACAUUUAAACAGCCAUCAAAACAAUGUCACUGGCAGCCUCAGCUCCCAAUCCAAUCCCACAAUUUGUACCCACAUCAUGUGACUGGAAGCAGGAAGUGAAAGUACAUUUAUUGGGUGUUCCUCAGGUCCAGCUGUUAACGCCCCAAAAAUGGUGACAGUUUACGCAAACACCAGCCCAAUGCACUGUGAUUGUUGUCAUGGUAAUAGCGUUCAACGUCGAUCCGACACAGCUCCCUGCCUUAAUUUAUGAACAGUUAAUUUGUUACCAACGGAUGUGUGAUUAAUAAUGCUUUGUUUCUAUCCAUUUUUUUCUCUCACCAAGACCCCUUACUAAAUACCAAAUACGAUGUUGUGUGUCAGAAGAAAAGCUUCAGAAACAGGACUUCAGAAACUCAGAGGAUUAAAAGCACAUGAAACAAAACUGAGUUGACCCUAACUUAUUUUUAUAACUCAAAAUACUUACAGGUCAGCGGUCAUUUGCAUCGCAGACAGUCAGUAAUAUGUACACAACCCUAACCCUAUCACGGUACUCUUCUAACAUCUGCAUAGUGCUUCCACCAGCUACAAAUACCCUUCACAGUUACACACAUUAAUGUAGGGUUAUGAGAGGUAGAUGAGAGUUCCUCAAUGUUACAAGUAGAUAUACAGUCGGUUACACGUGCUGUCACUUACCCCAUAUGACUUUUAUCCCUUUGGGGCGAAUCCUAAUUUACACUUAAGUCGAAUUAUCACUCAGUCUCCCAUUGACAUCAAUGCAAGACUACCUGAAAAUGUGAUUUUGUAAAAGUAAGACUUUUCCCCUUUAUGAUCAGAAUGUGUCAUAUAUCCCAUUGAAAUUCCCCUCGCGCUUGUGUGUACUGGAGCUAUAUGUCAUAGCUUUCUGCCGAGAGCUGAAAAGGCAUUUUUUUUAUCACGUUUAUCUUGCAUCUUGGUGUAAUGAAUAGAUAAUCGACAAAUGAAUCUGGAAUGUAAUGCUGCGACAGUGUUUGCCAGCUCUCUGUGUUUGGGGCAAAUACUGACAGAUGUUUCGUAAACCUCCUCUUUACACUCACAAACAGAACUUUGUGUUUUUAUGAUAUUAUACGCUACUGCUUGAGUGUUAAUUCACAUUUUGAAUGUUAAUUUAUGUUUUAAAAUGAGGCAAAUAGUUUUAUUGGUGUGGUUGGUAGUAUCGAGAGAGAAAAAACAUAUUUUGUCAGCUUUUUUCCCCGAUUGAUAGUCAUGAUUGUAAUGUUUGUUUUCUGGUUGAUUGAAACCAUGAAAUAAUCAGCUAUUUCUACUUCUACGGUGUAUCCUAAAGCCAGGAACGAUAUUAUCUUGUACCUUCCACCAAUACCUGGGACUCCCUGCAGUAUACAAUCAUAACACCUCGUUGCUUUGGGUAAAAGACAAGCACAGAUUAAUAAUUUCACAAACUCUGAAUAUUCAGACGCGGAAUUUUUUUGUAAUUUUUACGUUGUUGUUUAUGCCUCCUUUCGAGUCCAAACCAGGUUUGUUUUUAUAGCUCUUACCAAGUAUAAAUUUAAAGCCCGUCGUUGUAUGGCAAUGUUAAAUGUCACUUUAUAAGAAURCUGAUUGUACUUUUUAAAUGGUCUAGACUAUAGGUAAUCUCUGGCAUAUUCUAUCGCAGUAAAAUGUGUGCUGAUACUAAGUGUCCGAUGAAAUCCGAAAUCCAAUAAAAAAUAAAUGUGUUAACCCA